AUGGACUUCAUGUAUAUGGUCAGUUCUGGACGAAACAGUCGUCCAAAUGUGCAUUUGCUGUUAUUAAUUAUCCUUCACUCUGGCCUACAAACAGUGGCGGGAGUGUGGCCAUUGCCGCAGGUUUUCACCUCCUCGGCGGAGCGAUACCCUUUGAACUCGCAGGCUUUUUACUUUGGUUACGGAAGACAAUCAGCCGCACAGCAGGGCUGUUCUGUUCUGGACGCUGCAUUCAAGAGAUAUUUUUCUCUUAUUUUUCCAGACUAUACAUCUGCAAAUGGUGUUCUGCAAUUCAGUGAGAAUAAGCCAUUUACUGCUGAGCUCAGUGUUGACCGCGAUGAUUGUGAGGGUUACCCAAACGAGGACUCUUCCGAGAGAUACAACCUGAGUGUCUCUGUGGGGCGAGCAUCUCUGAAUGCAGAAACCGUGUGGGGUGCUCUUAGAGCUCUGGAGACCUUCAGUCAGCUGGUGUAUCAAGAUGAUUUUGGCUCAUAUUUUGUGAACAAGACUGAGAUAGAAGACUUCCCCCGGUUUCAGUUCAGGGGGAUUUUGUUGGACACUUCACGUCACUAUUUACCCGUGCAGACCAUUUUAAAAACUCUGGAUGCAAUGGCCUACAGUAAGUUCAAUGUGUUUCACUGGCACAUUGUUGAUGACCCCUCCUUCCCGUACCAGAGCAGCACUUUUCCAGACCUUUCCAGUAAGGGGGCUUUCCAUCCGAUGACUCACAUCUACACACAGUCAGAUGUGAGAAGGGUGAUCUCACACGCCAGGCUUUGGGGAAUAAGGGUCCUUCCUGAGUUUGAUUCACCCGGCCACACCAGAUCUUGGGGAAAAGGACAGUCUGACCUGUUGACUCCCUGCUACAGAGGGGGGACCCCUUCAGGUGUGUUUGGUCCUGUUAAUCCAGCGUUACCCUCCACCUACCAGUUCAUGGCGAGACUGUUUAAGGAAGUGUCAUCAGUGUUUCCCGAUUCCUAUAUCCACUUAGGAGGGGAUGAGGUUGACUUUUCCUGCUGGAGAUCCAACCCUGAUGUCAGAGCAUUCAUGAGCAAGAUGGGAUUUGGAGCAGACUUUACCAAACUGGAAGCAUACUACAUAGAGAACAUUGUGAAUAUCACUUCAGCUCUCAACAAGACCUCUAUCGUGUGGCAGGAUGUGUUUGACUACCAUGAACAUAUUCCUAAGGACACAGUGCUGCACAUCUGGAAGGGCGUCCCAGCUAAAUAUAAGGAAGAGCUCAGCAGCAUCACCAAAGCUGGCAUGAGGGUCCUGCUGGCUGCCCCGUGGUACAUCAAUCAUAUUUCCUAUGGCCAAGACUGGCGCAACUACUACACUGUGCAGCCACAGAACUUCUCUGGUACUGAAGAACAGAAGAAGCUGGUGAUAGGGGGUGAGGUCUGCAUGUGGGGGGAAUAUGUUGAUGCCACCAAUCUCACUCCACGCCUUUGGCCAAGGGCAAGUGCUGCAGCAGAGAGGCUGUGGAGUGAUGAGAAGCAGACCUCCAGUGUGGACAAGGCGUUUCCUCGUUUGCAGGACUUUCGCUGCAAGCUCCUGAGGCGUGGCAUCCAAGCAGAGCCUCUGUAUGUUGGAUACUGCAAACAUGAGUAUCAAGGUAUCUGAAGAUGCUGGAUGGAUUAAUAUUGCAAGAUUUUUCUGGAGAAUGUUGGAACUAAUGAAGUUCAUAGUUCAUAGUUAGUUGAUUCUGGAAAAAAUCUUGAGUGGGUCAUUUAAAGCAGUGGGAAAAAAAAAUUAUAAAAAUAAAUAGCUUGUUUUUCCAAUCUUAAGUAUAGUAUGUACACACUAAAAUUGUUUCUCAGGGAGUUUUAAUUACCAAUUACCAAUAUCUCAUUCUAAUUUUUUGUACUAAGUAUUUGAGUAAUGUGCUUUUUAUUCUGAAUUUACAUAUUUACAGUCACAAUAAAGUAAUGUGAAUACCUUCCUUGGAGGAAAAGUACUGCACUGUUAUGCCAUGCUGAAUUGUAUCUGAUGUAA